GUUCCGGUAUUGCUGUGCUGGGUGGGACAGCGGAAGCGGCUUCUUGCAGUGCAUUGACAUUUUUAGGUUUUUAUCAUUAUUAAAAGCUUCACACAGUUCGAAAAUGCCGGCUUAUCACUCCAAUCUGAUGGAUGCUGACACCAAAAUGGUGGGCAACAUGGCACUUCUGCCCCUUAAAACCCAGUUCAAAGGCCCUGCUCCUAAAGAAACCAAAGACCAGGACAUCAUCGAAGAGGCCAUCUACUACUUCAAAGCCAAUGUUUUCUUCAAGAAUUAUGAAAUCAAGAAUGAAGCAGACCGAACACUGAUCUACAUCACCCUGUACAUCUCUGAAUGCCUCAAAAAGCUGCAGAAGUGCAGCUCAAGGGGCCAGGGCGAGAAGGAGAUGUACACGCUGGGCAUCACCAAUUUUCCCAUUCCAGGAGAGCCAGGAUUCCCUCUCAAUGCCAUGUAUGUUAAACCCUCCAACAAACAAGAAGACGAGACUAUGAGGGCCUACCUACAGCAGCUGCGUCAGGAAACAGGGCUGAGACUGUGUGACAAAGUGUUCGACUCACAGACAGACAAACCAAGCAAGUGGUGGGUGUGCUUUGUAAAGAGACAGUUCAUGAACAAGAGCCUGUCUGCACCCGGUCAGUAAGAGACGACUGGGAUUUUCUCAGUGGACAUUCAUGUGGAGCGUGGAUGUGAUUGUUUUCUUUACUUUUCUCAGCUAAUAUCAGAUAAAAGAAUUAUUUUAUACUCCUGAUUUGUAACAUUUGGUUUCCUUUCUGCCGUCACCAUGUACGUAAAACUCAAGGAUAUCAAAUAAAACAAUAAAUAGUA